AUAGCAAAGAGAGAGUGAGAGUGCAGUUUUGUGAGCAAAAUGGGGGAACCUCUUUCAAACACCGAACUCUCUCCCUCUAAAACCCUAGACCCAACCAACGGCCCCGAUUCCAUUUUAGAUUCCAAUCUAACGGCUCCACAAGACGCUCAACUCAAUCCAGAAAACCACGAUGUCGUUUCGACCGCCAAGCGGAAGAGGGACGACGAGCGUUCGCUCCAUCCACUGUGGAAGACCAGCCUCUGUUCCUACUUCAGGAGCCAUAACGCCUCCUGCAGCCACGGCGGCGCGUGCCGAUACGCGCACGGCGAGGAGGAGCUCCGCCCUCGCCCCGACAACACGUGGGACCCGACCUCCAAGCGCGCGAAGAAGGCCUUAGAGGCCGAGGCCGACGAAAAGCGCGCCGUCUCGGAGGACGUGAUGAUGACGGAGGCCGUCGUUGACGGCGGCGACGACGACGACGGUUCCGGCUCCAAUCGCGCGCUUAGUAAAUGCUUGGUGCAUUUGCCGCGGAAAUGGAGCUCCGAGAAUUUGAGGAAUUUCCUCAACGAAGAGGGUGUACCUUUUAAGUUUGCUAAGAAAAAGAAAGGAAUGAUGAUUGGUUUUGUUACCUUCGAAGACGAAGAACAAAUGAAGAGUUCAUCAAAGGAUUUAGAUGGAAAAACAAUUGGCAAUAAAAAGAUAAAGGUUGCUGAUGUCAUUCCUCGAUCAUUUAAAAAGAAAAGUAGCGCCAAUGUUGCAUCCCAUCAAGAAUUAGCUGAGGAGAAUACAGGGGCUGAUGUCCCUUCAAGUGGGACUAUGGAUGGUGAAACGAGUAAUGAUAAGUUGGCUGUUGAUGGUUCUGUGACAAAGACAAGAAACGUGCGUGAUGCAGUUACUCCUCUAGCUCAUAUGGCCUAUGCUGAUCAGUUGGAGCAGAAAAAAAGCUCUCUCAUGCAGAUUCUCAAAAAACUUACUAGAAAUGCUCGGAAAGCUUGUCCAAAUGGCGUUUCACUUCCUGAGUGGAUUCUCAAAUCUAGGGAAAUAGGUGGUCUUCCGUGCAAACUAGAGGGUAUUAUUGCAUCUCCAAUUGUAAAUGGAUAUCGUAACAAGUGUGAAUUUUCGGUUGGAUAUUCUCUGGAAGGCAAAGUGACUGUAGGUUUCAUGCUUGGAAACUUCAGGGAAGGUGUAACAGCAGUUGGGGAAGCGGUGGACUGCCCAAAUGUUUCAACAAUUGCUUGCAAAUAUGCUACAAUCUUUCAGGAAUUUCUGCAGCACAGUGAUUUACCAGUUUGGAAUAGAUUUAAAAAUACUGGGUUUUGGCGUCAAUUGACGGUUCGAGAAGGGAGGACAAAUGGGAAUGUUGUUGAUGCUGAAGCUUUUGGUGGUAUUGCAGAAGUCAUGCUUAUUGUGCAGGUUUCUAGUGCAAGCUUUGAUGAUGCAAAAGUAGCUGCUGAAUUCAAGAGGCUUUCUCAGGCAUUUGUUGCCGGAGCUACUUCACAUUGUCCAUCAUUACCCCUUACAGAAAUUUAUGUGUAGGAUCACCAAGGAAUAUCCAAUGUGGCGCCAGCUGAUGCACCACUGCAAUUGCUUCCCAUUCGUAAAGCAGUUGGUGUUCCUGAGAUGGAUGAAAACACUAAUGCCAUGGAUGUAAGAAUCCAUGAUUAUAUCAACAAUCUCCGGUUCUCUAUAUCUCCAACAGCUUUUUUUCAGGUUAACACUCUUGCUGCUGAGAAGUUGUACUCACUUGCUGGAGAUUGGGCAUGCUUAGGUCCUGAUACACUGCUGUUUGAUGUAUGCUGUGGGACAGGAACAAUUGGCUUGACAUUAGCACAUCGAGUUGGUAUGGUGAUUGGAAUUGAAAUGAAUGCUUCUGCCGUAUGUGAUGCACAUAGGAAUGCUGAGAUUAAUGGCAUAAAAAAUGUUAGAUUUAUAUGUGCGAAGGCAGAGGACGUGAUGGGAUCUCUGUUAAUGGAAUAUCUAAAUAUGACUAAGGAACAAGUUGAUGAUCCUAAUAUCUCUGGAAGUGGCAAUGACAUUCCUGAGGAUAGUGCCUGCCCAGAGCCUGAAAAUGGUGAAAUGGCAUCUCAUUGUCCAGAAAAUAACAAUGCAGAAGUUGGAAGUGAGGUUCAGAAGGGUAGCACCUCUGAACAAGUUGAUGAGAUCUCUGAACAGGCAGAGGAUGUGAUGGGAUCUGUGUCGAGGGAUGAUUUAAAUGUUGCAAAGGAACUUAGUGAUGAUCCGAAUAUCUCUGGGAGUGGCAAUAACAUUCCUGUGGACAGUACCUGCCCAGAGACUAAAAACAGUGAAAUGGCAUCUCGUUCAGAAAACAACAAUACAGAAGUUGGAAGUGAGGUUCAGAAAAGUAGUACUCCUGAAAAUGGGAAUACUUCCAUGCAACAGUUCAAAAAUGUUGUUGCUAUUGUUGAUCCUCCACGUGCUGGACUUCAUCCUACUGUGAUCAAAGCUUUGAGAACUCAUCCAGGCUUGCGGAGGCUUGUUUACAUAUCCUGUAAUCCUGAAUCAUUGGUGGCAAAUGCUAUUGAGCUUUGUACGCCAUCCCCCGCAAAAAUUGAGAAAGGAAAUAAAGACAACAGAGGAUGGAGAAACAUGAGCAGUGCUGGUCUAGCACGGCAUAGGGCCAAGUCUAUGCCCAUCUCAGAGGCCUUCCAUCCCGUAAAGGCUAUGGCUGUUGAUCUUUUUCCACAUACUCCACACUGUGAAUUGGUUAUGCUUUUUGAGAGGUAGGUGGACCAGACACUUUUUUAUAUAUGCUAAGUUCCCAAAUUUCAUUUAUCCGACAUUUUUUGGCGGCACUGUAACUGGUGGUUGAUUUUAGUGUUUAUUAUAUUUUGAUCUUUCGCACUGUUUCAGCUAUAACAUGAUUUCCUUUUUGCUGCAUGUAUCAUGAAGCAUUAUCUA